GUUACCGGUGAAUGGCAAUCAGCCGUUCCCAGUGACGUGUUGCACUGUAUUUCUAAAUUAACUAUAACUUUAAAUAUUGUUUAGUGUUUAUAUCAUGGCACAGUUUGGUGGACCGAAUGAUUUUUACGCCUCCGGGCCAUCAGCAGAUGCCAGCUACAAUUUUGAUGUGCCAGAAUUUGGUCAGGAACUCAAUUUCCAAACUUUCGACAACACACAGCCGACGGUGCCGCCAAACUAUGAUGUGGCCUAUACCAAUGCACCUAACCAAGGUCUUGGGGGCUUUUACGAUCCAACCGCCUACACAGAUAACAGCUUUGCGCAGGAGAAAUCCUUCAAGCAGGCCGGCGCAGCCGGCGGAGCGUCUUCUGGCAACGAAUUUGACGAUGAACCGCCGCUUUUAGAAGAACUGGGCAUCAAUCCGAAUCAUAUAUUCCAAAAGACGCUGGCCGUAUUGAACCCGUUGCGCGGCACAGACCAACAAAUACUCCAGGACACGGACAUGGCCGGGCCAUUGGUAUUCUGUUUGACACUCGGAGGCAUUCUGCUGCUGAGCGGAAAGGUUACCUUCUCAUAUAUAUACGGCAUCGGCGUCAUGGGCUGCAUAUUUUUCUACUGUCUGCUCUCGUUGAUGGUCACACGGUCGCAAGUGACCUUUGGGGCGGUUGCCUCCGUGCUGGGCUAUUGUCUGCUGCCCAUGGUCGUGCUGUCGGGCAUCAACAUUUUAAUCACCAUUCAGGGCACACUCGGCCUAAUUGUGAGCGGCAUCGCCAUAUUCUGGUGCGCCAUAUCGGCCUCGAAACUAUUCGCCACGGCGUUCUCCAUGGACCAUCAACAGCUGCUGAUUGCCUAUCCGUGUGCGGUGCUCUAUGGAGGAUUUGCGUUGAUUACCAUUUACUAGGCCGCCCCAAGGCAACCGUGUAUGUGCGUCUGUGUGUCUGUGUGUGCGUGUGUGUCAGCUUUUGUCUGUGUGUACUGCAAUAUUGUGGCAUGGUUUUAAUUGUCCCACACAGACACACACUCUUUCACACACACACACAGUCUAUAGACAUGAUAAUAUUUUAAGAAUAUAAGCGCCGAUUGCAGAUUUGUUUUUCCAUAUGCUUUUCAUCUCGUUUCAUUUUUUUACAACAUGCACACGGACUCUCGUAAUAAAUUUGAUUGAGAGAACGAGAAAGAGAGAAGAGAAGAAAGAAAAAAACGAGAAAUUGUUAACAAAUUGUAAUUGGUUUUUUCGUUUUAUUAUGGACGGGGCUAUCGGAUCGGCAGGGCAUCUUUUAUACAUAUUAAAAUUUUAAUUCGCUGACAUCCUGGCAAAAGGACACACAGACUGCUCAAUGAAGUUUUAAAAGUGUGCAGCAAAAACAAAAACACAAAAAAAAAAACAAAAGGUUUUGAUAAAUUCACAUUUAAUGUGAGCCAAUAAAAAAUGUAUCACAAAUCGAGUUCCACAAUUCGGGUAUAAAUAUUAU